AUGGCGCGAUUCGUCACGGAUCUGCUCUACUCCCUGGGGAACUGUCUCAACUGUUUCCCCGGCUCGCCUACGCUAAAGAUCAACAGCCGGAGCUUCAAGAUCCUCCGCCUGCUGGGCGAGGUGCCACGCCCCGUCCAGGACCCCGUCAUGUCGCUCGACCAGGGCGGCUUCUCCUACGUGUACCUCGUCCAAGAUACCGCCACGCACGAGCUCUUGGCCCUCAAGAAGAUCCGGUGUCCGUUCGGCGCCGAGUCGGUGCAGCAGGCGAUGCGCGAGGUCGACGCCUACCGGCUCUUCGCGCACGUCCCCGGCGUCAUAUCGGCCGUGGACCACGCCGUGGCGACGGAACGGGGGGCCGACGAGGCCACCAAGACGGUCUACGUGCUGCUGCCGUACUACCGCCGCGGCAACCUGCAGGACAUGAUCAACGCGAACCUCGUCAACGGGGGCAGCUUCCCCGAGCGCCACCUCAUGACGCUCUUCCUGGGCGUGUGCAGGGCCGUCCGCUCCAUGCACGAGUACCGGCCGCCGCCGGCGGAGCGCAUGGAGAUGGGCGACGAGGACGAGGGCGAGGGCGACGCCGCCGCCGCCGGCCGUCGCCGCCGCGCAGGCAGCAAGCUCGGCGGGCGGAGCAGACGCAGCGAGGCCGACGACGAGGAGGACCAGGAGCGGCCGCUCAUGGGGGCCGAGGACCGCGUCUCCGGCGGCGGAGGCGCGACGCGGUCCUACGCCCACCGCGACGUCAAGCCCGGCAACAUCAUGAUUGACGACUCGGGCUCGGCCCCGAUCCUCAUGGACCUCGGGUCCGUGGCCGCGUCCCCCACGCCCAUCACGUCGCAGUCGGUGGCGCUGCAGGUCCAGGACACGGCCGCCGAGCACUCGACGAUGCCCUACCGCGCCCCCGAGCUCUUCGACGUGCACACGGGCUCCGUCGUCGACACCAAGACGGACAUCUGGUCGCUGGGCUGCACCCUCUACGCCUGCCUCGUCGGCAAGUCCCCCUUUGAGAUGCGCUCCGACGAGACGGGCGGCACCCUGAGCCUCUGCGUCCUCGGCGGCGACUGGCGCUUCCCCGACGAGACCCCCGCCGCCGCCAGGCGCGUCAACACCAUCGGCCAGGCCAAGGCCCGCGCCGCCUCCGCCUCCGCCUCCGCCUCCGCCUCCGCAGCCGGCCCCGAGCCCGCCUGUCCCGGUCCCGGUCCCGGUCCCGGUCCCUCCAUCAGCGAGCCCGUCCGCGACAUUGUCAGGCGCUGCUUGAGGGUGGACCCGGCCGAGAGGCCCGACAUAGGCCAACUGAUUGCCUUGGUCGAGCGUGUCGUUGAGAGUCUUCCGGAUGACGGCGCUUUGUAG